AUGUCUGUUAUAUUCGAUUAGUUGGAUAAUAUCUAAUCACUUAGAUUUAGAUUUACUUAGGCAAUCAAGUUGGGAGUCUCUCUAUAUUACAUUGAAAAUUGCAACUUAAAAAGACUAAUAGUCACUGAUAAUCAAAUCGCAUCAUAUAACGAGUCUGAAGCUAUAAAUGUUUUAUAAAACGUUUCGCAGAUAUGUUCUGAUAGUAAAACUUUGUUUUGUUUACAGACAAAUGGUGACCUUUAUUAAAUUGAUUAAUAGCCAAAAUUGCUAGUUUCUGGAAAGAACUUCAUGAACAUUACACCUACAACUGCUAUUGAUCAUUCUGGAAGAGGAUUUUUUUGGAAAAAUAAUAAACCUAUCUAUUCUCAUUGUAAACAUAUCAGUACCUAUCAAGAUAAAAUGACAUUAAUAACAAUUGGUGGAAAGAUUUUUAACAUAGAGAAUAACAAUCAAAUUCCUAUUCAAUAAUUAAAUGGUCUGGGGGUUAAUGGGUAUUUUAAGAAGUCAUUAUUGUUCUAAUUUGGUGGUAUUGCUAUUACAGAGAAUGGCGAUGCUUAUUGCUAUAAUACUAAAAUGAUUAAACUAAAAACAUCUAAUCUAGAGGAUAUUUAAGCAAGUAGUAGAUUUAUUUUUGGAAUCUAAGGAAAAUAUAUUUUGUAAUGGAAUCUAGAUGAUUUCUAAAAUCAUUAAUUUUUUGUUAAUUAGACUUUAUUUAAAAAGAUGAACUAUGGUCAUGAAUUACAAAUUAAUUGCAAAAAGAAAGAGUUUUAAGAGGUCAAAUUUAUUUUUUCAAAUCAAUAUUCUUAAUAUUGUUGCGCAUCCAUAUAAUAAAUCUCCAAAUAGAAUUAAAAUGAUUAAUCUAUUUCAGUUCUUGAAAGGACUUUCAGCAGAAGCACUGUUUAAAAUUUGAAAUAAUAAUUAUUUGAUUAAUGGGAUCCACCUUCAAAAAAGAAAGCUCAAGAAGUUAGACAAAGCAAAUUUCUUCGAGGAGAUAAAACAGAUAGAUCUGAUGCUAGUAAUCGAUAAACUGAUAGAAUGGAUAGAAAAGAUGAUGUUACUCAAUAAUUAUAAGAAUAAAAGAAUAGAUAAUAAAAUAAUAAUAACCCUAUUGAAAAAUCCACUAAAUAAGAUAAUUUUAUUUCAGAAUAAGAAUAAAAAAGUAUACAAAUUGAUGCAAACUUUAACUUCAACAAUAUUUAAAAAAAAAAGUGUGACAUCUUAGCUCCUCUUGAAAUUUCAAAAUUUAAUUUAAAGAAUAAAACAUAACAAUAAGAAAUUUUAUUAUUAGAAAAUAAAAAUAAUCAACCAAAUUAAGUUGAAUCAAUCUAAUAAAAAUAAUAAAAUUUAAUUGAAGAAUUAUUAAUCUAAUAAUAAUAGGAGGAGAAGAAAUAAGAUUUAAAAAACAAAAUGAGUGAAAUAUAAUAAAAAAUAGAAUAAUAAGUAUCAGAAGAAGAGUAAAUAUUAAAACAAAAAUAAAAAUCAUAAUAAUAGAAGUAGUAGUAGCAAUAGUAAUAACAAUAACAACAACAACAACAAUAAUAAUAACAACAACAACAACAACAACAGCAACAAUAAUAAUAAUAAUAAUAAUAAUAAUAAUAAAGUUUAGAUUAAUUAGUAAAUUCAAUAAACUCGCCUAAACAAUGUUCUGAAGAAAUAAGAUAAUCUUCAAAAUUGUUGGAUUAGUACAAAAAAUAAUUUGAUUUAAUUUUACAAUAAAGAUACGAAUAAAAUAUAGAGUAAUAAAUUGAUAAUAAUAAUAAUAAUUGUGAAAAUCUUCAAAAGAUAAAAUAAAUUGAUUAAGAUACCAUUUAUUCAUAAUAAAAUAUCAUAAGCCAAAAAUUGCAGUCAAUUAGAGAAAUUUAUGAUCAACCUAAAUUUAAAACAUAAAAUAAUAGUUUGUAUACAUUGGAUGAGGAAAGUUCAGUUGAAUAAAGCAUUUGCUAAGAAGAAGAGAAAGGAAAGUAUUAAAGAUAAAAACUUCAAAUCUAUGAUAUUUUCGAUAACUAGACAGAUUGUAAGCCAUAAUCAAAAAAUUACGAAAAUUUAUAAUAAUAGAGUUUAUCCCAAGAUUUUAAUUUGCCUAUAGCAUCUCAGGAAAAUACAAUCUAAUUGACAGAGCUAUAAUUGCCUCCGAUUUAAUCUUCAUUGAAUAGUUUUUUUAGUAAAUUAUAGUUAAAACCAGAAAAAACAAUAGAUUAAAUUCUCAAAUCAUAGACUUAAAAAGAAGAAAUCAAUGAAAAUAUUCUAUCUUCAAAUCCAAGUGAAUUAAAAUCACAAGAUGAAAUUACGUAAACAAAAAAGAUAAGGUCAUUCUUAAAGCCAGAAUAAAUGUAAAAUUAAAAAUAAAAGAAUGCCGUAGAGAUAAUGGAUCAAUAAUCUGCUAUUGAUUAUUAAAACAACAGUGAUUUUAUUGAUUAAUAGCAUGAUAGUUUUAUGCAGAUUUUACAAACAGAAAAAAAACAAUAGGAAAGUAAUAAGAUUUAAAACAUAAUGUCAAUUUUUGAUUAAAUAUAAAUAUAACCAAAAAAAAGUAGUCCUUAAAAAUUGAAUAUAUUCAAAAAAUAAGAUUAAGAAAAUAAAAUAAAAAAAAUUGAAAUGAUAUCAGAUUUUGAUGGAUAAUUAGAUGAAAAUUUAACUGAAAUAAAAAAUAUUUUGAAAGAAAAAAACUAACAAAUAAUUGAAAAAAAAUAAUCACCACUUAAACAAAAUGUGAAGUUGUAUAAAACUUUAGUUACAUUUUCUCAAGAUAUAUCACAAGAAGAAGUUGAGGAUAGAGUUAUGUAAGUUGUUAAAAUAGACUAAAAUCUAUAAACUUUAUCCCAUAAGCAUUCUCCGAUAAAAUAAAAAUCUCCUGUUAAAGAAAAUAAUUUUUCAUCAAGCAAAAACCAUUCACUUUAAUUAAGUGAAUAGAAAGUCUUGACUAAGAUUAACUAAAGUGCCGAUGUAAGACAACCAAGUUUCGAUGUUAAAAUAUCGCUAAAUCCUCCUGAUUAAAAAUAGUCAUCUUCUCGUGUUAGAGUUCAACCCUUAAAUUGCAAUGCUAUUAGACCUGAAAAAAUAUACACUCCUCUAAGGAGCAGAAGAAAUAGCACUGCAAGAGGAUCAAGUGUUGAAACUAAUAGAUUUAAAUAAUUGUAAAUUGAAACUUAAGUUGCAGUACCAGAAACAAAAUAAAAUUAAACGCCAUUAAUAAAUAAUUUUGAAGCUUUAGAUUUAAGUAAUGCCAUGUAUCACGUUGAUUAAACACUUAUUGAAGAUACAACAAAGCGUACUCCAGUUGCUUAACCUCUUGAUGUGAUUAAUGUCAACUAGCAAUCUAAUUAAAAAAUACUGAAGGAACCAUAACUAAUAAGAGUUGCUUCUUCUUCUUAAAUUCCACCUUCUCUACGAACCAACAGCGUAGGGCCAAGCAGUAAAAAAACUGAAGUCUCUCCUGUAAAAGUUUAAAAAUAUAUGAAAAAUGCACCAUCUUCAAAGAGUGAUAAUGAUGAGUCAUUAAAAUUGAAAAAAAGACAACAAGACAUUAUUUUAAGAAAGUUAUUCUUUAGAUUAGAUAUUCAAGUUAAACUUAUUAAAUUGGAGUUUAUGUUUAAUUUGAAAUAGUAGAAUGGAAAAUGA